GAGUCAAGCCGUCUUGAAUGAUGAGUUUUCGACUUUCCUUGAACUAUGACGCUUCUGUAACCUUCAGUGUUGCAUGUGUGAAAACAAGAGUCGUCACACCGGCAGUGGAGGCUGUAAAUUAUUAUAAAAAAAUGGCUAAGUACCUCGCUCAGAUCGUAGUGAUGGGUGUCCAGGUGGUGGGACGAGCCUUUGCCCGGGCUUUACAACAGGAGUAUGCAGCGAGUCAGGCAGCAGCCCGGGCCAGGGGCCGGUCAGGGCAGCAGUCUGCCGCAGCGUCCAGCAUCACCGGGAUGAGUCUGCAGGAGGCUCAGCAAAUCCUCAACGUCUCCACGCUCAGUCCUGAAGAGAUUCAGAAGAACUACGAGCACCUCUUCAAAGUCAAUGAGAAGUCAGUGGGAGGCUCAUUUUACCUGCAGUCAAAAGUAGUGCGAGCUAAAGAGCGUCUGGACGAGGAGCUAAAUAUUCAGAAAGAAGAAAACCAGAAGUCACAGCAGAAUCCAGAAACAUAAAACUUUAAAACGACCUCCUUUCUUCCCCCACAUCCUCUGUAAAUUAUAACCCAAUAAAGCCUUUUCUUUAGUUUUGGGUCUGUGGCAAUGAAAUUCCCUUUAUUAAAUAUGCACAUGACA